GCUUGCCCAGGCUUUAGAGAAGAACAUAACCCAACGCCCCCAAAAACACAACACAAAAUGUCUCUAGAACGUGCUGUUCGUGCCAAGAUUGCCGGCAAGCGCAAUCCCGAGAUGGACAAGGAGGCUCAGGAGUGGGUGGAGUCCAUCAUUGGUGAGAAGUUCCCCGCCGGCCAGGCCUACGAGGAUGUGCUCAAGGAUGGCCAGGUGCUGUGCAAGCUGAUCAACAUCCUGUCCCCCAAUGCCGUGCCCAAGGUCAACUCCUCCGGCGGCCAGUUCAAGUUCAUGGAGAACAUCAACAACUUCCAGAAGGCUCUCAAGGAGUACGGUGUGCCCGACAUCGAUGUCUUCCAGACAGUCGAUCUCUACGAGAAGAAGGACAUUGCCAAUGUCACCAACACCAUCUUCGCCCUGGGCCGUGCUACCUACAAGCACGACGACUUCAAGGGUCCCUUCCUGGGCCCCAAGCCAGCCGAUGAGUGCAAGCGCGACUUCACCGACGAGCAGCUGAAGGCCGGCCAGACCAUUGUCGGUCUCCAGGCUGGCUCCAACAAGGGUGCCACCCAGGCCGGCCAGAACCUUGGCGCUGGCCGCAAAAUUCUGCUCGGCAAGUAAGCGAUUACUUUGUGCGGACGGACGAUGGAUGAUCGACGUACGAUAGAUGCCCCCAUCUGUCUUUGGUUUUUCUACACGAUAUAUCCAUAUGUAUGCUAGUUUUAUAUAAACACACACCACACAAACACGAUAUAUA